AUGGCCACCAAGCAGAACGAGAUCGUCCUCUACACUAACCAUACGUGUACUUGGGCCCACCGAGCGCACGUCGCGCUUCAGGAGCUUCAGCUCCCCUUUAAGGAGGUCAACAUCAACGUGGACGGACCACGACCUGACUGGUUCCUCGAAAUCAACCCUCGCGCACUGGUACCUGUCCUGUUCUUCAAUGGCAAGAAGAUCAUCGAGUCUGCCAUUGUCUGCCAGUUUCUUGCGGAUAUGUUCCCUUCGGCCCUGAGCCCCCCUCCAACCACGGUGGAAGGGGCAACCCGCCGUGCUGACAUGUCCUUUUUUAUCGAUGCGUACUGGAACAAGUUUCACGUUAGCCUCUUCAAGCUCUUCGAAGCUCCAACGAAAGACGAAGAAGAAAAGGUUGUCGAAGAAGCAGUCACUAGUCUUGUGGCCGAGGUCGAGCCGCUCCUUGCCGAUGCCAAUCCCUUCUGGGGUGGGAGUGAGAAGCUCACUCUAGCAGAGGUGAGAAUGCCCUAUUACCACCAUCUUACCAUUUCUGUCUCCUCAAGAAAAGCUCGAUCUAAUUUUCUGAAGGUAAUGAUGGGCCCUUUCCUCCUUCGUGCCACCACCUUGUCCAAACACGGAGUCUAUCCUCAAAGCCUGAACAACUCAAUCGAGGAAAAAGCUCCCAACUUCCGCAGAUGGGCUGUGGCUGUUUGCAAGCAUCCGUCUGUGACGUCUGUGUUUCAGGAAGAUGUCAUUGUGGCCCGGUCGAAGGCCAAGCGUUCCAGGAUGAGGCAGGCGGCUGGUCUGGCAGAAUAG